AUGGAUCCAUCUGAAAUAUCACCCGAAUACGAGCUCACAGUCCGCAACCACAUUCGCCAGACCUUUCUUCCUUACGUUAGGAAGUACAUUACCAGAGACCAUGUCGCAUAUACCGAGUCUAAGCUCGAGCAGAUCUUCACAGAAUCCUUAGAUUUUGUCCCAUUAGCGGACCCGCACGUGCUCGUGCUACCCCCAGAUCCACUCGAUACGCUCGUCAGGUCUCUGAAAGAUCUUGACUUCUCCUUUGAUGAGCGCUUGACGACAGAUGGAGAUACCGUGCGCAAGAUCAAAUCAUCACUCAAGACUAUUGUGGGUGAAGGCAGGGAACUCCGCAGCGAGGCAUGCUGGCGGGAGGAGGAUUACAUGUAUACAUGCAUUGCAGAGAUAUACAGACCUAUGACACCCAUACUUACCAACCGCGCGCGAAAGCAGACCCCGAAAGCAGGUUCCAAUGUUCUCCGUGCAUCUCUCCCUCGCACACAGCCUGCGCUAUUCGAGCACAUCGGUGUCAAGUCUGUAGUGGUAGCACAAAUCGAGGAUUCGGAUGUACCUAACUUGGAGGAGGUUUUGAAUGUUCGUCCCACGAUGGAAUCCACCACUCGCACUUAUAUCCUUUCGCUAUUUAAAUCGGCAAAUCCACCUGCACAAUUAACCGAGACAAACGUACAUGUCGCUUCUUUCCUACGUGCCGAUUCACCACCGUUUCAGAUUCAACGUCCACUUUCUCCCCCCCUCUUUUCCCGAUCUCAAGCCAGUCCGGGUUCGUUAUGGACAGGUAUUGCGAAUGCAAAGGACAUCGUGGGUAGGCUGAAUGCUGCUCCUGUUCCCGUUCAAGAAGAGCUAGAGGACAAUGUAGACAGCGUCAACAUGUCGAUUGUUGAUGGAUGGGCUGUCCUCCCAAUCUCUUCUCCCCCUUCCGCUUCGCCUCUCUCCUCACAAGGCACAGAAAUCGACGAACUAUGGGAGGCAUCACCGACUCCGCCUGGCACGCCUGCUACAAGCCUUUUCAGUGCUAGAAUGGACGAAGUAGAGAUCCCGCGUAUUCACAAACCCGGACACAUACUCCCACACUCGCUGAAACCAAGGGGUUCUAACAGGUGCGUGCUGCAGUCCAUACACGAGCGCUCACUCACUCGCUUUCUUCAGUCUCAAGAUGGGAGGAUUCUUGAUGCAGAAGACUCUAUGCUCGGGCAGCCACCUUCUGUUUGUACUGCUUCACCUCUGCCUGCGCAUGCGGGAAGAGACAGAAGAAAGAAGUCAGAUCAAGAUCAGGCCUUGGAAGACAUUGAUGUGGAACAGGGUCUCGACAUGGCUCUCAGGCAUAUAUACCAAGCGGUGCAGCAGGAGAACAUCGAGGGGUGUGUAUUGCAGGAGAGGUUGGAUGAAAAGGAUGUUGCACUGAUGGAUGUGCCACACCUUCCCUCGCCUACCGUGCACCUGGGGCCAUCUCUACAACCUACAAGCAUGAGGGCCCUCAUCCAUAGAGGCAAGAUGAAUACAAACGUCCAGCGGCACACUACACUGGAACCUGUAAAAGGCAUCAAGCCACUUAACCUCGAGUUAUCUUGGAGACCCUUCAAAUUCGCGGCCCCGAUUCCAACCGACGAAAGCGUUUCCCUUGUCGCUGAAUCUACUCUGGAUGACCUCGUGAAAUUGGGCUAUGCUGAUAAAGCAAGCGAAACGAAGAUCCAUGGACUGCUCGCAGACCUCGAAACUACCUCCUGUCAUUCCGCCAACGUGGCAGAAUCCAAGAAAUUAAAAGACAAACGCGGCACAGGGAGUCUUGGUCUUUCACCUCCCCGCCCCCCUAAGUCCUCUAUGCUAGGAGAGGGAUUCGAGCUGGUCCUGACGAAAAGAGAACGAAGACUUCACGCCGGCCUUCCUGAAUUCGAGGAUUUUCAUGAACAUCGUGCUAAAUAUGGUGAAAAUUGUCAUAAACGACAAGAUAAAGUCAAAGGCGGAGAUGAAACCUCACUUGAAACGGACAAUGAAGAUCAGCCUGCGAAGCCCCCUCGCUUUGUCUUUCACGAUUCUGGCAUUUUGGAUAAUCAAGACGAUCCGAGUCCCUUGGAAGCUGUCUACUCACUCGAUGGUGCUGAUUACUCUGACAAGGACGAGGAGGAUAACCCCCGCUAUGUGUGCCAACAUCAAGGUCAGGGGCAAGAUAGGGAUCAAGGCCACGAAGGACUAUCUUCAUCUUUCCCGUUACUGGCACGGCACCGGUACGGCCCAAGUCCAUAUCCGGCCAGCCCUCCUCUCCGAGGACUUGACCAAGAUUAUGCAAUGGCUAACUACUCCCAAGACAAAUAUAUGGAAUCCGCUUUUUUCCCGCUUUCAUUUGGAUCCCAAGGCGAGCGGGUGUCAAGAUGUCCGGCUGAUCUAGUUGCAAUUUCGGGUGGUGAUGAGGAACGAAGUGUGUUACCGGAUACCGACAGCCCAAAGAAAACUGCAGGCAUCUCGGACAACGACCAACCGGCGAACAUAACGUCAUUCUUACGAUAUUUUGGGCCGGAAAUGGAUCCUAGUACCGCUUUCCCUGCAUUCAAACGCAGACGACUGGAUGAUCCCAUGGCCGCCGCCGUCGUCACGCGAGGGUUUUUAGAUGACUACUUGGCACUGCGCAAUAAGAACGGGAUGCGUGACCCGCCUCCGUCGGUAACUCCCACGAUCAUCUCCUCUGAACCCCAAGGUUUGCAACUCGGCAGCAUUUCGCCACCCCGUGCUGCACCUGUAGAAAUCCUCGACACCUACACCAUGCUUCUCCCCGAUGUAUGGAACGCACCAACUGCGAACCAUUGCUAUCUUGCAAGUAUGGCUCUCAUUCAGAAACGUGCGCUCGUCCGGGCCUUGCAGGCCCCUGAGUGCCGGGUACAUCUCGUAGAGAGGUAUGUGUUAGGUGGGGUGGACAUCGCGAUGGAUCCAGACACAGCCGUGCUAGUUGCGCCGCUGCUGGCGCUCCCCUCUCAGGUUGAAGGACUCGUCGAUCGCAUCUCGCAGGCGUCCUGGCGGUAUACACGUAUCCUUAUCAUUCUCGAAGCGUUCCCAAGCGCAAAUGCAUUUACGGCAGAAAUAAGUACGAACAACGUCAAACUAAUGCCCUAUGCCUUCUCGCCUCCCAUUCUCAAAGCAGUUAAGAAGCUCCGCCGGCUCUUGACCAUCGCCGAGGGUUGUGGGACGAAGAAUGCAGAGUGUAAGAUUCAAUGGGCGUUUGCCAAUGAUGUGGGCGAGGUGGCCUUAUUCGUGAGGAUUUUUGGGAACUUAGCUCAGGAAUGGGCUUUCAAUGGAGGUGGGAAUGCACUUUGGGAAGAUAGGGCGUGGCUACAGGUCGAAGAGCACGAGGAUGAAGCGGAUCUUGCCAGUGUGGAGGGCAUGAACCCUUUCGCAGCCUUCGUCAUGCUGCAUCAGGGAGCGCUGCAAGAAAUCCUCGAUAUGACCCCUGAAAGUCGUGUGGCAGAAUUUUCUUAUCUGGUAGGAAGCCAGCGGAUUGUAAGAUGUUCUAUAUGUUCCGGUGUUCGCAAAUUCAUUGCGGACUUUUCUAGGCUUCUCUAA